UUAAAAGGAUUCUAAUGUCAAUUAGGUUCAAAUAAAUGCUUAUAAAACUGCAACAUUUUCAAAAGCACAGCCAACAUAGGAAAACACACAUUGUAAAUCAUGCAAGAACUACUUCAUGUACUUAUGUGCUUUUACAAUCAGUUUGCAUCAAUCUAUCUGAGGCUGUCUAUAAGGUAUUGUGUGUCAGAGGUGGAUCAGGUUCCCACAGAACCAUUUGACACCCAUGAAAGGCACUUUUCAGCCCCAAGUCAGUCAGGUGACCAAGCAGUUGGACACAAUCACACGCUAAGAUCCCAUCUGCCUCCAGUGUGGAAGCACAGGAGUUGAGAUGACUUUCAUAGCCAAGACGUUCUAUGACCUGAGGGCCACCACGCUGGAAGGAGACCCUGUGGAUUUCAAUGUAUUUAGGGGACGGGUGGUCCUGAUAGAGAAUGUGGCCUCGCUCUGAGGCACCACCACCCGGGACUUCAGCGAGCUCAACCAGCUUCAGAGCAAGUACCCCCAUCGGCUGGUGGUCUUGGGUUUUCCUUGUAACCAGUUUGGAUAUCAGGAGAACUGCUCCAAUGGUGAGAUCCUGAAUUCCCUGCAGCAUGUGCGCCCCGGCGGCGGCUAUCAACCUAAUUUUACCAUCUUUGAGAAGUGUGACGUCAAUGGAACAAACACGCAUCCGGUCUUUGCCUAUCUUAAAGACAAGCUCCCUUAUCCUGAUGAUGACCCCAGCUCCCUCAUGCAGGAUCCCAAAUUUCUCAUUUGGAGUCCCAUCAACAGGACGGACGUCUCUUGGAACUUUGAGAAAUUCCUCAUUGGGCCAGAGGGAGAACCCUUUAAAAGAUACAGCAAAAAAUUCCCAACCAUUGAUAUCGAACCCGACAUUCAAAGACUGUUAAGAUUAACCAAGACCUAAGAAUAGUCUGUAUCUGUUCAUGACUUCUAAUCAAUCGAAGUCAAAGCUGUUAUGCUGUCCUGCACACUUUUAAGCUUUAUUAUAUGAGGGUGAUAUUCUUAAAAGCUGAGGGAAUAUUAUCUGAGGCCUUUUAAUGCUUAAGAGUAGUGGAGGAGUAAAUUCAACAUAUGUAAUGUAUUUAAUUUACAAUAAAAUUACAAGUUUAAACGCAUGUGGGGCACACUUCUAGAAAUGAUCACUUGAAAAGCAGUCCUUUGCAUUUCCUUUUGUUUCUUGUCAUAUGCUGGUGUGGCCAGCAGGUGGUGCUACGGAUUUGAUCAUACAGAUAUCUUCAAUCAUGCUUAUAGGAAUUAACAUU